GAAUCUACAGACACCCGGAGCCCGACAACACCCGAAUCUACAGACACCCGGAGCCCGACAACACCCGAAUCUACAGACACCUGGAGCCCGACAACACCCGAAUCUACAGACACCCGGAGCCCGACACACCCGAAUCUACAGACACCCGGAGCCCGACAACACCCGAAUCUACAGACACCCGGCCCUCUGCACAGAUAGGAAAUGGCCCAUGUCAGGAAGGUCUCGAUCCCGGAGAACGUUUACCGCAUCCUCCUCAGCAGACAGAGCCAUGUGAACGACCUUUUCAUCAGGAGAUUCCAGUGCACGGCCGAGGUGACGGGGCCCAGCACUGCGGCGGGGUCUGCAUCACUCAAGGUGUAUGAGAAGCGGCACCUCGGGGGGACUCUUAUCAGUGUGUGGAGGGACGACCUCACCCGACAGGACGCUGAUGUGGUGGUGAACGCAGCUAAUGAGAAAUUGGGGCACUGGGGAGGGCUGGCAUUGGCCUUGGUGAAGGCCGGAGGACAACAGAUCGUGCAGGAAAGUAAAGAUUGGAUCUCUAAGAAGGGAACACUAAGGGCAGGAGACAUCGCGGUGACCACCGCAGGAACGCUGCCCAGCAAACAGAUCGUCCAUGCGGUGGGGCCACAGUGGUCUGCAGCCAUUUCAGAGAGAUGUGUGGCUCAGCUGACGGAAGCCAUUAGUAAGGUGCUGGACUACGUGUGUGGCCAGAGAGACCUGCACUCCGUGGCCAUCCCAGCGGUCAGCUCCGGCAUCUUCGGCUUUCCUCUUGACUUCUGUGCUGAAAUCAUAGUGAAGACAGUGGACACGUUCUGCUCCACUAAGGGCAAAGGUCACCUAAAGGAGGUCCGGCUGGUGAACUACGACGACAAAACCGUGCAAGCCAUGAAGAUAGCGUGCGAGAAGCAGCUGGGGAACAGUGAUAUGCCUAGCGGUGCAGCGUCCUCCUACCCAGCAGCAGCAUCCUCCUCCUACCCAACAGCAGCAUCCUCCUCCUACCCAACAGCAGCAUCCUCCUCCUACCCAACAGCAGCAUCCUCCUCCUACCCAACAGCAGCAUCCUCCUCCUACCCAACAGCAGCAUCCUCCUCCUACCCAACAGCAGCAUCCUCCUCCUACCCAACAGCAGCAUCCUCCUCCUACCCAACAGCAGCAUCCUCCUCCUACCCAACAGCAGCAUCCUCCUCCUACCCAACAGCAGCAUCCUCCGCCUACCCAGCAGCAGCAUCCUCCUCCUACCCAACAGCAGCAUACCCCUCCUACUCAGCAGCAGCAUCCUCCUCCUACCCAACAGCAGCAUCCUCCGCCUACCCAGCAGCAGCAUCCUCCUCCUACUCAGCACAACCCAAGCAUUUUCAUCACGAGGUGUCUCUGUCUGUCAAUGGCCUGAAUCUUCACCUUAAGACUGGAUGUAUUGAGGAUGAGAAGACAGAAGUCAUUGUGAAUUCAGUCGCCUCAAGUCUAAACCUUGACUAUGGAGUCAUAUCCAAAGCCAUUUACAGUAAAGGCGGCUGGCAGAUGCAGGAGGAGAUCUGGAAGAAAAGUCAGUGGAACGCCGCCAUGAUCCCUACACGUGGCUACAACCUGCCCUGCAAAUAUGUCUACCAUGUGAAAUUACAGGGUGCCCGGGUCAAUGAGCUCCAGUCUCUACGAGAAGUCACCAAAGAGUGUCUGAAGACAGCGCAUCAGCACAGAUCACCGUCCAUCUCAUUCCCAGCUUUGGGGACUGGAAAUAUUGGUUUGCCGAAAGAUACGGUGGCAGACAUUAUGACGCAGUGUGUUCUUGACUUCGCCAGACAAAACCAGCGCAAGAUGGACGUGUAUUUUGUUAUCCACCCAAAAGACGCUGACACAUUAAAGGCUUUUCAGGACAAGUUCAGAAAAACUGACCUCAUGAGAGAUAAUAAGAUGGCGGAGCCUACCGAGAGAUGGAGAGCAUCGGAGCCGCCAGGUGAAGGAACAUACGUGACCAUCAGUGGAGAGCGCAGGGAUGAUGUGGAUGAAGCGGCGGUCUGGCUCCAGGGGGUCCUCUCCUCUACCCCGAUGUUCAUACACAACAAUCUCCUGCUGCUCUUUGGAGUUGAAGAAUUUGACUCUUUAGCAUCUGGUUCCUCCAUUGCUGAUAUAACAGAAGAUCUGAGCAAUGGGAGAGUCACCCUACAGAUCAGCGGUCCUCAGCCGGACAAGGUGAUGGCGGCCGUACAGGCAGAGCGCCUCCUCCUGGAUGUUCAGGAGAAAGUGGCCGAGUCCCUGGAGGAGGAGCUGCUGGAGGCCGCAGUCAUCUGGUUCUAUGAAAGUCCAUCGGGAAGUAAAAAAUACUCAGCAAAAGCCACCAGAGAACUGGAGAAAGCCUUCGCCUCCGGAACCAAUGUCACCUUGAGCGCAACGCCCGGUCAUGUGAUUGACAUCAAGAACUUCACAGCACAGGAGGGAGGGCAAAGGUUAUCCAUCCGGAGACAAUGUUUACGCGGCUCUAACCAGACUGAGAAGAGACCACCACAGACCAAUCGGGUGAAGUCAGACAAAGACUGGAGCACGGAAUUCAGGACAGCGGGUCUCAUGAUUGUGACGAUGGAAAAAGUGCAGAAUAAGCUGCUGGACGGAGUCUUCCAGACCAAGAAGGAGGCGGCGGAGAAAAGGCAGAAGAAGCCGAGCACCGCGCAGAUGUAUCAGCUUGUGCCCAGACGGUUCCUGAAGGACAUCCGUGCUGCCGGAUUCCACAGACUGUACGUCACACCCACAGAAACGAAGUACGGAGUGGGGGUUUACUUCAAGAAGUCUCUGCACAACAUCACCCAGAGGUUCCAAGUCCCGAAAGAGAAGGACGGGCUCCUGUAUAUCGUCCAGGCUGAGGUGGUGACUGGCGCUGCCACCAACUAUAGCAGGACCCAGCCGGUUCUCCCCUGCGGGGGCCCAGAUGCUCUGCAGGUGUAUGAGAGCGUGACAGAUGGGGGGUUCUCUGCAGAGCAUUACUCCAUAUUUGACCGUUUCCAGGCAAAUCCCCAGUACGUCUUCACCUGCCGUACGAAAUAACGCUGUGCACUUCCAGCCCGCAGCACCGCUGUGCCUCGUAUUACCUGACGGACUCAUAACUUUUCACUACAGCUGCGUACACGUUACGAAUGUCAUAAAACUGCAGCAAACUACCGUAUUUUUCGCCCUAUAGGACGCACCGGCGUAUAAGACGCACCCAAUUUAUAAGUGCAAAAUCUAAAAAAAAUAAAGAUUUUGAACCCAAUAGUGGUCCUCAACCUGCGGACCUCCAGAUGUUGCAAAACUACAACUCCCAGCAUGCCCGGACAGCCG